AUGGCAGUCUCUGUCGCAGCGUAUCGCGAAGAUCCCCUUGCCCUCGAAUCGCCCAGACGCGACAUCCAGCCACCGAAAUUUCCACGGGGUGAUCGAAAUGGAUUGAAGACGCGUAUCAAAGCCCUGGUCGGGUUUUGGGAGAAUGUGACAAGCUCUAAUGGAUUGGAUGCGAGGCGUAAGAGUGGUGAUGUCGGCGAGAGAUCCGUGCGACCGGCGAACGAGGCAGAUAUCGUAGCACGCGACCUCUUCAGACCUUAUCAAAACCAUGUUCUUCAGACUGCCGCUCCACCAUGCUAUGAGGAUUGCUUGCAAGAUCUGCCGCCGGACUAUACUUCAACGGAUAGUUGCGCGAUCGCACGAGACCUCAAAGAUGUGGAAAUUGUCACCGAGGCUUGCAUAGACACAGAUAAGUCUGCUCGGCCAACACAGCUGCUGGGAAGCAUAUUUGAUGUAAAAGUCGACUUGUCUCAGAUUGAAAAUGUUCGGUCUCACGCGAACAAGAAGGCGAAGAAAGCCGCCAAGGCUGCGCAGCGUGACAAGUGGGCAGACAGCGACAACGAAGAGAAGAAGGAAGGUGGCGAAGGAGAAGGCGGAGAGGGAAACGGUGAUGGAGACGCCGGUGCAGGAGGUGAUGGGGGUGGGGAUCCUCCCGGCGGAGGAGGUGGAGACGAUGGAGAAGACUGGUGGGAUACUGGCAAAAAGGGCAAGAAGAAGAACAAGAAGAAGAGCCCGUGGGAAGAGUUAGAAGAGGAAGAAGAGAAGAAAAAGGAGGAAGAAGCGAAGAAGGCUGAAGACGAAGCUGCUGCGGGCGCUGGCGCUGGCGAAGCAGAUGCCCUCGAUGAGUGGGGCUCAUUUGCGACUGUGGGCAAGAAGGGGAAAAAGAAGAAGGGCAAAGCUGAUCCAGACCCAUUCCCAAUCGAGCCUGAACCAGCGCCAGUCGAACCUCCUCCGACUGCUGAUGCUGGUGGAGAGGAUGGUUGGGGUGGUUUUACAACUGCUAGCAAGAAGAAGAAGGGCAAGAAGGGCAAGGUCGAGCUGGAGCCAGAGCCUGAACUGCCAAAGGACCCGGAGCCUGCAUUGGACACGAUCGAUCUUGGUGCGGGUGCAAAUGCAGAUGCUGCUGAUGACUGGGGCGCUUUUGCGACAGUCGGCAGGAAGAAGAAGAAGAAGAAGGGCGAACCAGAUACGCCACCUGAACCUGUGGCAGAGCCUCCUGCUCCCGAGCCAGCAGCAGCCGACGAUAUCGACGAUUGGAUGUCUUUUGGCAAAAAGGACAAGAAGAAGAAGAAAGGCAAGACCGAUACCACAACAGACGCGCCCGCAGAUCCGGCGAACGACAUGAAAUUUGACGACAUCAAUCUCAAUGACGACAAGAAUGCACCUAAACUCGAUCUCGACUUCGGACUAGGCAAGAAGGCUGAGCCAGAAAAGUCCAGCGGCUUCAGCUUUGGAUGGGGCAGUGGAUGGGGUGCAGGCACGACAUCAUGGGGGUUCGGCAGUGCGGCUGACGAGAAGCCGAAGGAGGAGGACACGUCGUGGAACUUCGCGUCCGAUGACAAGAAGAGCAAGAAGGACAAGAAGAAAUCCAGCGCGUUCGACUUCAGCUUCGACGAUCUCGAUGGCACAGGCGACGCGAGCCUGGAUCUUGGCGCGCCCGCCGUGAAAGAGGAGCCGAAGGAGGAGGAUCCAUGGGGAGGCUUCACGUCUUCCAAGGACAAAAAGAAGAAGAAGAAGGGCGCGGUCGCUGAGCCGGAGCCUAUCGUUGAAGCUCCUCCACCUCCGCCUCCAGUCGAGGAGAAGCCUCCCGAGGAUGAUCCGUGGGCCUCGUUCUCCACCAAGAAGGACAAGAAGAAGAAGAAGGGCGCGUCGAUGUGGGAGCCGGAACCUAUCCCUGAACCAGAACCUAUCCCCGAACCCGAACCCGUCAAGGAAGAGAAGAAGGAGGAAGAUGAUAUGUGGGGUUCUUUUGGCAUGUCUGCGAAGGACAAGAAGAAGGCGGCCAAGAAAGCAGCGAAAGCAGGCAAGGAAGAGGAGAAGCCUGUCGAAGAGCUACCUCCUCCUCCAGAGCCGGAACCAGAACCUGUCGUCGAUGCCUUCGAUGGAUGGGGCACUGCUGGAAUGAAGAAGAAGGACAAGAAGAAGAAGGCUGGCUUUGGAUUCGACUGGUCUGAAGAACCCGCUGAUCCGGCCUUAGACGUUCCCGCUCCAGCUGUCCCCGAGCCAGAGCCUGCUGCCAACGACUGGUUGAGCGGCGGUUGGGCCGAUACCACGAGCAAGAAGAAGAAGGGCAAGAAAGACGUGAUCGAAGAAGUCCUUCCGCCAGCUCCUCCUCCACCUCCGGCGAUCCCAGAGCCAAUCGCUGACGACAAGCCAGCCGACGAUUGGUUUGGCGGAUUUGGUACGAAGAAAGACAAGAAGGGAAAGAAGGGCAAGUUUGAUGCUUUCGACCCCCCAGCGCCCGAACCACCUGCGAUGAUCGAAAAUGCCUUCAUGAUGCCCGAGGCUGUGGUUGAACCCAAAGCUGAAGAGGACGACUGGAUGAAUUCGUGGUCGACCGGCACGAAGAAGAAGGCGGGCAAGAAGGAUAAGAGCAAGGGCAUUACGGAAGUGUCUGAUCCGAGCCCUGGAGCCUCUGUGUUGCUUCCUGAGUCCGUUCAAGAGAAGUCUGCGGAAGAUGAUCCUUGGGCAUCGUGGACGACUGGCAAGAAAGCCAAAGCCAAAGGCAAGAAGGGCAGCGCCUUCGAUCCUAUACCGCCGGCCGUUCCCACGCCGCCCGACUUCGACAAUGACCCUGCUGCGGAUGCCACUGCAGGUGCCGAUCUGCUGGACAUGGCAGCACCACCAGCUGACGAUCCAUGGAGCUUUACCACGUCUACCAAGAAGAAGGGUAAGACGGACAAGAAGGGGGCCAAAGUGGCAGAGCCAGUCAAAAUUGACGAAGUCAAGCUGUCCAAGACGAAGUCCAAAGACUCGAAGACGGCAGCCGAUGACAUGUUCGACUUUGCGGACGAAGCACCACUCGCACCCGAUCCAGAGCCUGUCAAAGAUGAGAAGAAAGACAAAAAGGACAAGGAUAAGGACAAGGCAUCUUCUGGCUGGGGUGGUAUUUGGGGCAGCAGCACGAAGACCAAAACACCCAAGGAGACUGCGCAAGAGCAGAAAGAACGCGAGAAGAAGGAGAAAGCCGAACGCGAGGCUGCUGCAGCUGAGGCACAACGCAAGGCCGAUGAGGAAGCCUUCGCUGCAGCGCUCGGAGAAGAUCCAAACGAUAUGCUCGACUUCGAAGAGGACCCUCUCCCGCCGCCACCGACCACGAAGUCUUCCAAGACCAAGGAUGCCAAAGACAGCAAGAAGAAGGGCGCCGACAAGUUGAGCAAAGUCGACAGCAAGUCCAGCAAGAAAUCGGAACCGAAAGAAGAUCCUAUCGUCGACAUGCCGGAGCCAGAUCCCAUGCUGGAGUUUGACGACUCCAAAAAGGCCGACGGCUGGGGAUUCUGGGGUUCGUCGCUCAAGUCAUCUAAAAAAGCCACACCCGCUGCGGCAACGAAUAAUAAAAUUGGACUUGACCCGUGGGCCAAUCAGAGCGCGGGGGCGAACGGUUUCCCGAAGAUGCCAGAUCUCUCUUUUGGAGGACAGGACUUCACGUCAGCAAUGUCGCCUCCCAAGGCAGAAGCAACGACGACGUCCAAGUCCAAGGGCGCUGUUAAAGGCGCCAGCAUCCACGACCGCAUCAAAGCCUUGCAGGGCGACGCACCAAUCGACGCCAAACCCUCGAAGUCAAAGAGAGACGCUAGCUCCGUCACCCCACUUUGGGGCGAGCCUGCAUUUGAGCCAGAACCUGAACCUGAGCCAGUCUUUGAGGUACCAGCUCCAGCUGCUGACAAGAACUCGAAGAAGGCUGCUGCCGCAUCCAAGUCCUCCAAGAAGGACAAGAAGGAGCCUGCGCCCGCUGACCCUCCUCCGCCGCCAUCUAUCUCUCCCGUUCCUGGCGGAUUCCCUGUUGACGACUUUCUCGACGACCAUCCUGAGAUGGUGUCAUCGCCCAAGAAGACGUCGUCUAAGGAUAAGAAGGCUUCCUCCAAGUCUACCAAGAAGGACUCCAAGUCCAAGACUGAGCCGGCCAUCGUUGAGGCACCGCCUGCGACUGAUUUCGACGACCUUCUUGGUCCAGCUGACGAGCCGCCAGAACUUCCCACUCCACCUCCAGAGGAGAAGAGGUCUUCCAAGAAGGAGCGACCAAAGGUUGUGCGCGACCAGGGCACAUCUUCGUGGGGCUUCUGGGGUGCGACGCCGGCCAAGAAAACGUCAACCAAGAAGGAUUCAAACUCGAAGGAUGGGACUGUGUCGCCAACCUCCAAAGACCGACCUGCUGGCCUGACUCGAUCGAAAUCAGAGCGGAAGUCGUCGGCCAAGGACCCCUUCGAGAAGGCUUCGAAGUCUUCUGGCUCCGACAAGGAUGUCAAGAAGGAAUCGAAGUCACGACCGAGUACCUCUCGUGGAUUCUCGCUGUUUGGUGGCCCGCCUCCGUCGCGCUCCAAGUCGACACGACAGUCGUCGUCCGCCGCUAAGCCAAGCUCUCGUCGCCACUCGACCGCCGUCGAUGACAACGGUCUGAUGUCGCCGCCUCCGGAUGACCAUGAGAUGUCUGCGAAGGCCGCGAAAGUCAUGGGUGUCAGCCGAUCCAAGUCUACCAAAGAAAAGAGUCGCAAGGUCCCUGACCCUUACUCACUCGACUCUGAUGACCUUGUCAUGGUUGAUGGGCCCGAAGACUCCGCCAAGGACAUCGCAGAACCGAAGGAGCGCAAGAAGUCAUCGAAAACGAAGCGCCAUUCUUCGUACAUGUCGGGCGGGCUCGGCGCUGCUGAUGAUGAGGAGAUGAUUGAUGCACCACGCCAGUCAGACGAGGCCAAGGUCUUCUCUGGACCUGAUGACCUGGCUUUUGUUGAACGGCCUACUCCCGUCAGGCGCACUACUUCCAGCGCGAAGAAGCCUGGUAUCAUGGGCGGCAUCUUGGGUGCUUUCUCCUCGCGACCAACGCCCGAUCGCCGCCAAAGCAAGGCCUACGAAAGCGAGGAUGGUGCUGCACGCCGCAAGCGAGGAUCUGUCUACGACGACGAGUACACUAAGCGUCUGCGACGGGAGGACCGCAAAGUCAACCGUCCGCGCAAGGCUUCCGGUGGCGACGGUUUUACUGACGCUGCGCCCGUGACUGAUUUCGAAGACGCAGAAGCCAAGGAAGCACGUCGCAGGGAGAGACGCGAGAGGCGCGAUCGGGAAGCAGCUGAAGAUGAAGCCAGAGCAGCUCGACGACGUGAGAAGGAUGAUACUCGCCGCGCAAAAGCUCGAGAGGAAGAAGAACGCCUUGCACGGGAGGACGAAGAGCGCGAGGCUCGGAAACGGGAGGAACGACGUGCACGCCGUGCUGAACGCGAGGCUCGACGUGUUGAUGAGGAUCGCGCCGCUCGUGAAGAAGAGAGAGCACGCGAGGAGCGCCGAGAGCGAAGACGUGAGAAAGAACGCCAGCGCAUGGAUGAAGAGGCUGCGGCAUCAAAGCCAAAGACCGACCGUCGACGAUCGUACAUGGAUGCACCAGAAGACGACGAAGCUCGACGUAUCAGACGGGAAGAGCGCAAGCUGCGCCGCAGUGUGGAUCAGGGUGCGGAUAAGGAGCGACCGCGGACUUCACGUCGCCGCUCUGAUUAUCCCAUUGAUGACUACUUUGACAAGCGCAAUGGUGAGCAAUCCCCUCGUGAAAGUGGCGCGAUUCCAGCGCCGAUUGCUCACGCUAUCAAGACCGGCGGCGAUAAAACCGCUUCAUGGGUCAACUCGGUCAACGAUGACCCACCGCCGCCUCCUCCGAUCGAGGGCACCAUCAUCGAUGCCCCGGUGCAUUUCGCCGAAGACAAUGCACCCGAUCCGCUCGACGAGACGACGGCUCGUGAGUUCCGUCACCGGCGGAGACGAGAGCGGGACAGCUAUUACGCAGACGAAGAUAGCGAACGUCGUCGCAGGAGACGCGAGAGGGAGAAUGUGAAGAGCAGCGAUGGCAGCUCGCACGACCGCCGCAGGAGCUAUGCUGGGCCUAAUAACAGCAUGGGCUUCAAUGACAUGGGCGUUCGGACGUGGGAUGGCAGACCUGCGAUGCCGCCUUCUGGCAAGAGUUGGUUCAAGAAGAUUGCUGGGUUGUAG